AUGUCUAACAUAAUCCACUGUGUCCAGAUGGACAAACAACAGGCCGAAUUCCUGUGUACCAAAAUUCCUGAAUUCAGGAAACUUAAGCCAGGGUUUGUGGAAACAGACCUAUUUAUUGAUGUUCUACACGAGGAGUAUGAUGAGAUGUGGCCGUUGCGGGAGUUCCUCUGGCCAGGUUUUGAUGAGGAACAAGACGUCCCGAUCACAUAUUCAAUGGCUGUGCAACUGUGCUGGGCACUGGAAAAACGUUGUGUAGAAAUCAAGUGUUUCUUCUUGUGGGAAAUGCGACGUAUCGUCAAGCGUGAGCUCCGAGAGACCGGUGUAGAGCCCGCUGACUAUUGGACGUACUGGGGAGUGGGACGUGCAUCGGAUUGGACAUACUGGGGGGUAUAA